UUCUUGAGUAUAAGCACCACUCAUCUUUCUCACAUUUAACUGCUUACUAAUCAACCUCAAAGCAGUUAUUUGUUCUCAUUGUUAUCACAUUUCACUAGCUCUACCAUGGCUGCUAAUAAUCAAUUAUAUCAUAUUUCAUUGGCAUUGGUUUUCUGCUUGGGAUUGUGGGCUAUUCAAGUCACCUCUCGUACUCUCCAAGAUGGCUCCAUGCAUGAGAGGCAUGAGCGGUGGAUGAAUCACUAUGGCAAAGUCUAUAAGGAUCAUCAAGAAAGGGAGAAGCGUUUCAAGAUAUUCACAGAAAACAUGAAAUACAUUGAAGCUUUCAAUAAUGGUGACAAUAACGAAUCAUACAAACUAGGCAUUAAUCAAUUUGCAGACCUCACCAAUGAGGAGUUUGUAGCAUCUAGGAACAAAUUCAAGGGACAUAUGUGCUCAUCAAUCAUAAGGACAACUACUUUUAAGUAUGAAAAUGUAAGUGCAAUCCCAUCUACAGUGGAUUGGAGGAAGAAAGGAGCAGUGACACCUGUGAAGAACCAAGGCCAAUGUGGAUGUUGUUGGGCGUUUUCUGCUGUUGCAGCAACCGAAGGAAUUCAUAAGUUGAGUACUGGAAAGUUGGUCUCUUUAUCAGAACAAGAACUUGUUGAUUGUGACACAAAAGGUGUAGACCAAGGUUGUGAGGGUGGUCUUAUGGAUGAUGCUUUCAAAUUCAUCAUUCAAAAUCAUGGACUCAACACUGAAGCUCAAUACCCCUAUCAGGGUGUUGAUGGAACAUGUAAUGCAAAUAAAGCAUCCAUUCAAGCAACUACUAUUACCGGGUAUGAAGAUGUUCCUGCCAACAAUGAGCAAGCACUGCAAAAAGCAGUGGCAAAUCAACCAAUUUCUGUAGCAAUUGAUGCUAGUGGCUCUGACUUUCAAUUUUACAAAAGUGGUGUAUUUACCGGUUCAUGCGGAACUGAGUUGGAUCACGGUGUCACUGCCGUAGGUUAUGGUGUCAGUAAUGAUGGAACCAAGUAUUGGUUGGUUAAGAACUCAUGGGGAACUGAUUGGGGUGAAGAAGGUUACAUUAUGAUGCAAAGGGGAGUUGAAGCUGCUGAAGGGCUCUGUGGCAUUGCAAUGCAGGCAUCUUACCCUACUGCUUAAAUGCCAAACUUAAUACUUAUGUUACCUAAACUUUGUAUUUCAACCUAAACUGUGAUUGUUUGUGCAUUUAUCAGCUACAUUCAUCAUGGUUUCUAGUUUCUACAACUAGUUGUGUAUAUUCUAUACAUCUACAUGUUAUACUUGUGCAUUUAUCAAUACAAUGAAGAUAUUAAGAGUAAAUCUUACUGUUCA